AUGCCCUCACCUCCCGAGAUUCGUGAUGUGAUUAUCAUCGGCGCCGGACCCUGCGGUCUUGGAGUCGCCGCCCGCUUGCAUGAAGAGACUCCGUCGGUGAUGUUCACGGACGAGGAACACCAGCGCUACCACUGGAUCAAGAAGCACAGCGGACGAAUGAACCUGGUCCAGGCACGACGCAGCAAGAUGAAUGGCGUGCGAGCCGAGAAAUGGAACGGAAAUAGCAGCAGCGGCAGCUGCAAGAAUGGAUCCUGUGAUACAGACAGACACCGAAGAGGCUCGACCGAGUCCGACUCAUCGGUGCCGUCGUUGUCAUCGUCGACGUCGUCAUCAUCCUCGGCAUCUGUCUCCACGCUUGUCCUGGAUGGCUCUGGCGACCGCUGGAUGCAGCGCUGGAACAAUGCCUUCCGCACACUGGAGAUCGAGCAGCUGCGGAGUCCGAUGUUCUUUCAUGUUGAUCCCGGGGACCGCGAUGGCAUGUUGGCCUACACACAGGAGGUGGGUCGAGAAGAGGAUCUGUGGGAGAUUUCUGGGUGUGUGGGCAAGGAAAUGAGCAAGCAUAAGAAGAAGAAGAGACGACAGGGGGGCAAGCAACAAACCAUAGGCGAAGUCGAGAUCGACGAGCGAGACCGCAAAGACUAUUUCUCUCCCUCGACGGGCCUCUUCGCCGACUACUGCUCGUCCAUCAUCAGACGAUACAGCCUCGACGAACCGGGCCAGAUUCUGCAGCGCGAGGUCACCGAUCUCUCGUACGACUACCUGCCCAAGGGUUCCGAUAUACCUGCAUCCAACUCCAAGAUCUUUACUGUCACCACGUCCACAGGUGACAAGUUCUACAGCCGCGCUGUUGUGCUCGCUAUCGGUGCCGGCGGUGCCAGCGUGUCCAAGAUCUUUCCCUGGAAACCCACGAGUGAGGCUGAGGGCGCGGCGGCGUGUUGCCACAGCAUGGAGAUCCGGUCGUUUCCCAGCCCUCAUGUGCAGAGAAAGAUCCAGCGUCGGCAGGAGACCAAUGUUGUUGUUGUGGGAGGUGGGCUAUCCUCGGCGCAGAUUGUUGAUAUGGCGGUGCGGAAGGGUGUUAGCAAGGUGUGGUUUCUGAUGCGGUCAGAACUGAAGGUCAAACACUUCGAUAUCAGUCUGCCGUGGAUGGGCAAAUUCAAGAACUGGGAGAAAGCAGCGUUUUGGUCUGCAGACACCGACGAAGAACGUCUAGAAAUGAUGAAAACCGCCCGUAACGGGGGCAGCAUCACACCCCGCUACACGAAAAUCGUCAGACAGCACGCCGCGCGCCACCGCGCCUCAAUCCACUCUUGCACCGUCAUCCAAAGCCACGAGUACAAUCCGGACACCCAGACCUGGACACUGACCACCGACCCGCCGAUCCCGAAUCUGCCGCCUAUUGACUACAUCUAUUUUGCGACGGGGGCGCGCGCCGACAUCAGCGAGAUGCCGCUGCUGAGCCGCAUGCACAACCAGUACCCGAUCGAAAUCAAGCAGGGUCUGCCCUGUCUCACGGAUGAUCUAAUGUGGCGGCCGGAUGUGCCGCUGUUUCUGACGGGCCGGCUAGCAGGUCUGCGAUUAGGACCUGGGGCGCCGAAUCUCGAGGGCGCGCGACUUGGUGCGGAGCGGGUUGCGUGGGGGAUUGAGGAGGUGCUGGAGAAGAAGAAGGAUGUUUCUGGGGAGUGUGAGGGCUUUUGUGGACUUGGGAAUCGGUAUGAGUCGUUAAGAUUAGACGACUGGGAGGAUUGA